UUCAGAAGUCACUACCACAUUUUGCUUGCUCCGAUACAAUUACACAUUUUUGCAUCUACUCUUCAACAGGAUUCAAGAGAGUCAUGAAACUGUUGUUCCUGGUUGUGUGCUCCAUUGGACUGUGUUCCUCCCUUCCGGUAUCCAAGGAGGUCCAUGAUAGAGAGGAACGCUCUUCAAGUGAUGAGAUGUAUCGAGGUUUUAGAGGGUUCAAUCCCUACCAGUUCCAGCCUCAGUUCCCAUUCUACCCAUACGCCCAGCCUCAGCCAACUCAGAACAACAACAAUGCCCUCCUGACUCUCCUACCCUUCCUGCUGGCUAGUCUGGCCACUCCUGCAGCGGCCCCAGCUGCUGCCCCAGCUGCUGCCCCAGCCGCUGCCCCUGCUCCUGCUCCUGCUCCCGCUCCUGCUGGGAAGUAAGAUGGACUUCACCAGAAGACUGUGCAGCAAAGUCGUUGACUUUUGAAAAUCCCGGUUGUAAAUUAAUACUCUUGAAUUAGUCUUCAAUAAAUCAAACAACGAAAACAAAAUACUUUCUGGAGUUGUUUUGUUUUGCUGUGUUGUCAGUGCUUCUGAGAGUUAUAGUCCCUGGCAUUGCUUCAGAUUUGUUUAUCAGGUGUGUUCUGUUAAGCUGACCAGGUUAGCCUGUUUUCAUUGACUACAAUAGGUCAAAGUAGAACAAAGUUUCAAAAGUAAGGCUCUGCACAGAGGCCGAGGACAUCAUUGGCUAUGGGCUUCCCAUCCAAUUGGACACCUACCACCUGCAAUGCCAGAGAGAAAACCCACAAAAUCACUGCAGCCAGUCCACAAACCGUUCCAAUUAACGUAUGACAGAUGGUUCCUAAGCAUCAGUGCUCGUACAAACACAGACAGCUUCUACCUUCAGACAAUUAGGCUACUCUGCACUUGCCAUUUAGACAUGACAUCCAUAAUGUGAAUUAUGUUUGCACCACCAACUGCAUUACUAAAUGUAGCUUCAUCUCAACCAUUUAUGUGUCUACAUAACACUGCCACUCUGUAUUUGAUUAAUAAAAUACUUCAACUUUUCA